AUGGCAGCUCCACGGCCGAUAAAAGGCAUCCUGAAAAACAAAAAUAAUGCCACCAGCGUUCUGCCGGCGCCUGACUUUCUGGGAGAUAAAUCCGAGCACACUCCCCCACUUUCAGAUGAAGACCAGCAAAAGAAAUCCCAGAAGUGGGAUGAGAUGAAUAUCCUGGCCACAUAUCAUCCAGCAGACAAAGAUUAUGGUCUAAUGAAGAUUGAUGAGCCCAGCACACCUUAUAACAGGAUGGUUGGGGACGAUGAUGACGACGAGGGUGCCUUAAGUGACUCAGAAGGUCGGAGUGCACUCCCAGUAGAUGACUUGACGUCAAAGCUUCAAGCAGCAGAAGGCUUAGAACCGCGAUUUAUGAAAGAGGAAGAAGAGGAAGUAGAAAGUAGUGAAGAGGAAGAAGAGGAGCUGUCCCCUGAGAAACAAGCCAAAAAGGAGCAUUUUCAAAUGAUUAGGAAGAAGCACUACAAUGAGGGCCUCAAUAUCAAGCUGGCUCGUCAGCUCAUUGCCAGCGAACUCGAGGAGGAUGAAGACGAGGAGAUGAGGGAUGAAACGGAGGAGGCAGAGGAGAUCAAUGUUGACCCACCACAGGAAGCUGAUUCUCUGGACUCGUAA